CAAGUCUUUGCCCCGCCCUCUCAGAUAGUGGAAAAAUAUUGUACAUGUGAUCGGUUAUAUAUCUUCGGUUAUCGCUUAAAAAAGGAUUACGGAGGAAAUUCACUGACGAAUCUUAUCGGUUAACCCAUGAGACUAUCAGAGCCCAAGUAUGAACCAAGGGAGCGGUGCUUGUUUGUGGACCUCAGUAUCUCAGGACACCCCUGCACCACGUGAUCGUUACAAGCAUGCUUCUUGUGCACACAGUGGAUAUGUGUACGUACUAGGAGGCAGGGAAAAAUGCUCACUGAGAGAUUUCUGGAAAUAUAAUGUGGUACUAAACCAGUGGACUGAGCUUCCCUGUAAUUGUGAGGAAGCACCUGAAGAACUGGAGGAACAUACCAUGGUAGCGCAUCAGGGAUUUCUUUACGUCUUUGGAGGACUGCAAGAUUCAGCAUAUAGUAACUCAAAAAUACCUCUGUGGGUGUUUGAUGCAGUUAGAGAAUGCUGGAUUAACUGGAAAACUGGGAUUGAAACUGUACUGGGAGUGACACCAUUAAAUAGGAAGGGGCAUAGUGCAGUCACCUUUGGGUCAUCUAUGUAUGUCUAUGGUGGAUACAUGGAUAUAAGAGGAUCAACAAAGGAAUUCUGGAAAUUUAAUUUUGAUUCCGAGGUGUGGUCACUACUUAAUAACAUACAAGGUGGUCCUGGUCCCAGACAUGGUCACUCAGCCGUAACACAUCAGGAAUGUAUGUACAUCUAUGGUGGCCUUCAGGGCCUUAGGGAACAGAAAGACCUGUGGAGAUGGAAUUUUACCUGUCAAAACUGGAGCUGCAUCAAAUUCAAUUCAGGUCCCUCAAGACUGGUUGGCCAUUCUGCUGUGUUGUUUAAGGACAGCAUGCUCAUCUAUGGUGGGGGGGAAACCCAGAGUUUACCUCAGAAUAUCUUGUGGAGUUUCAACCUGAGCACAAUGACCUGGAAGAAGCUCCCAUUGCUAACGGGAUCUACCUCUCCAUACCGGAUUCAUCACUGCAGCAUUGGUCUAGGUCCCAGUUUCCAACCCACAGUACCACCCGGUGUCCAUUGUAAGGAAAUACCUAAUUCUUUCAUACAUAAUAAGCUGAGACCUUUCAAGAACAAGUGCCUACCGUCUAACUCCCCAAUGCAAGAAAACUACAUUGAGCUCCAGACUUUUAAAGAGGAGAAUAAGAUGAUUUUACCAGAUUUUAGUACACUUGCACUUAAAGAAGCCAAGUUGAAAAGCAACUGUCUCACUUUUGAGAACCAAGAGGCUGUUAGUGAGAAACACGUUAGUAGUCACAUGACAGAAGAAGCUGAGGAUGCUAUUCUACAUAUACCAGACUUGCUUUUAGUAAUGGGAGGUAAACCUGUACAAGGACACCAACGGAUUUCAGUGUGGCAUAUGCCAAUGGCAUAAAUGUGAAAAAAGAGGAUUUUAGUGUUGCAUCUUAUUUUCUCUAUGAGAAAUUAGUAGCAAUACCCACAUCCUGUGGCAGUAGGGUUGCAUUAAAAUGGAAUUCAGUCUUGUGCAAACUCUUAACAGUGUAUGUCAUUAUUAUCCUAAAACAAUUUUUAUAUACAGGUACUGUAAAAUACAAACUUAUACAGGAGGUUGAACUUUUAUUGAAAAUUGUAUGUUCUUUUUGAACAAAAUUGUAUGAUUUAAACGUUGGAUCUAUGGACAUUACUAGUGCUACUACCCUGCACUGUCUGAAUUUUUGAAUGGUACUAUUAACUUUACUGCCUUAAAACAGCUGCUCCCAAACAUGCAUUAUACUGGAUGUUGGUACAUUUAAAAGUACAUUUUCAUUUAAAUAUGUAUUACAUUACAUGACAUCUAUUCUCAACAAUCAUAUAAACAUAACUUUACACAGUGUUUUGUACAGACAAAAAUACAUAUUUUGCAUUAAAGUUAGAACUAAAUAUGUAUAUGAAAAAGGAAGACAUUGUAAAAAUAAUGUAACAUUUAAAUAAUAAAAAUAAAUAGUGAAAAAUAUGCUCAAGUUUCCUACACUGUUACAGACACGUACAUACGAUGUUAUAGUGUUCUGCACCACGUGAGGGCGACACUUAACCAGUGCCACACAAGACAAUUUUGAUCAUAUUUAGCAAUAAAAAUAGCUUGUUUUGCAGUAACAAACUGUACUUUCCCAAAAAAGUUAGAGAGUUGUUCAAGAAAGGAAACAUUACGAGUAUAAAUAGGAGCCAUUUUUUUGAUAAAAAGUCUAAUAAAAAUUCAUAUGUCUCUUCUUUAUACUGCAAUAAGUAGAUAUAAAUUAAUUUACACUUCAAAUGAAUUUUCACCAUAUUAUUUAAACAGAAUUAAUUGAUGUCGAAUUUUUGUAAACUAGUAAUGAAAUGAUGCAAAACCAAAAGGCUUUUGUCGAUAGAUGGCGCUAUAGCAUCGGGUGGAAAUGAUUGCCAUUGUUAUAGAACAAUUUGACAAAGCAAAAAGGACUAGUGUGUUAGUCCAACAAACAAAAAAAUAGAGUGUUAGUCAAGUAUAAUUUCUGAAUACCUGUCUAGGACCUUGCAAGUGCAUCUGUAUUAUAUAAAUAAAGAUUUGAAAUAUUACAGUUAUGGAAUGGGUUACAAAACUGAUCAUACAAAAUAAUGCAGGUUGCACUUGAUUGCACAGAUAAAUAAUAACGCAAAUAGUUAAGUUUACAACUGCACCAACAACUACUACUAAUAUAUUAAAGACAAUUGAUGUAUAUGUAAAUAAUGUUCUACUGCACUGUGUAACAAAAAAACAGAAAUCUGUAUUGUUGAUAAAAAUUUGUCAAAUAAAUAUAAAACCAAA